AGAGCGGCCGGAGGAAGAGCCCGCGGCAGGGGAGGGAUGCGGGAGCAGGGCAGCGGAGCCGGGCGGGACUGAGCCACCCGCAGAGGAGAGGAGGAGAGGGAAGGAGAAGAGAGGAGAGGAGGGGAGAGCUGCCCUGCUCCCUGCUCCGUGCCGGGCUGCCUGCAUGGCUCCCGGGCACUGUGGAGAUUGUGGGGGCUGCUGCUGCUGAGCAACCAUCCAUCGCUUUAAACUCAGCCUCAACUUAGCGCAGCAGGCAAGAAUGGCAAAGCCACUGGAGCUUUGGAGCUGCCAGGAGAGCCGGGCAACCUGGGUUUUGGUCGCUGCUGUCUAAUAAAUGGGAGUAAAAUGGAAUUUCUUACCUGGGUUUUUCCUGCCUUGAUUCUACUGUGCACCCAACAGCACAGGUGUAUCAGAGCUAUGAGUGACAUCGGAGAUUACAUAGGUUCCAACAUUGAAAUCUCCUGGUUGCCCAACCUGGAUGAUUUGAUGAAAGGUUAUGCAAGAAAUUUCAGGCCUGGGAUUGGAGGUCCUCCCGUUAACGUUGCUCUGGCAAUUGAAGUAGCCAGCAUUGACCACAUCUCAGAGGUGAACAUGGAAUACACCAUGACAGUAUUUUUGCACCAGAGCUGGCGAGACGAUCGUCUGUCCUACAACCACACCAACGAAACUCUGGGCCUGGACAGCAGGUUUGUGGACAAGCUCUGGUUGCCAGACACCUUCAUAGUCAAUGCCAAGUCUGCCUGGUUCCAUGAUGUGACUGUGGAAAACAAACUCAUCAGGCUCCAGCCAGAUGGAGUCAUUUUAUACAGCAUCAGGAUUACCUCAACAGUGGCCUGUGACAUGGACCUUUCCAAGUACCCCAUGGAUGAGCAGGAGUGCAUGCUGGAUUUGGAGAGCUAUGGCUACUCUUCAGAGGACAUUGUCUACCACUGGUCAGAAAACCAGGAGGAGAUCCAUGGGCUGGAUAAGCUGCAGCUUGCUCAAUUCACAAUUACCAAUUACCAGUUCACAACAGAAAUCAUGAACUUCAAAUCUGCAGGUCAGUUUCCCAGGCUCAGUCUCCACUUCCACCUUCGGCGGAACCGGGGCGUUUACAUCAUCCAGUCCUACGUGCCCUCCAUCCUGCUGGUGGCCAUGUCGUGGGUGUCCUUCUGGAUCAGCCAGUCCGCCGUGCCUGCCAGGGUGUCCCUAGGUAUCACCACAGUUCUCACAAUGACCACCCUGAUGGUCAGUGCCCGAUCCUCGCUCCCACGAGCCUCUGCCAUCAAGGCCCUGGACGUUUACUUCUGGAUCUGCUACGUGUUUGUGUUUGCUGCUCUGGUGGAAUAUGCCUUUGCACAUUUCAAUGCUGACUACAUGAAAAAGCAGAAGAACAAGAUCAAGGCGAGAAGGCAGAGUGCAGAGAUCAACGUGAAGAAUGCCAUUGUUCUGUUUUCCCUCUCCAUAGCUGGGGUGAACCAGGAACUGGCCAUUUCCAACAGGCAGCACCGAAUUCCCAGAAGCCUGCCAGGAUCAUAUGGCACAAUAGAAAUAGAAACUGGAGAGACAAAACAGCAGCAGGGAAUGAAACUGGACAAAAAGGGUGGCCUGAAGUCCCUCUUUAAGCCCAUUGAUGCUGACACCAUUGACAUUUAUGCCAGAGCCGUGUUCCCAGCAGCCUUUGCAGCAGUCAAUGUUAUAUACUGGGUUGCAUACACAAUGUAAAGGCAACAAAAAAAGGAAAAUUCUUCCCAAGACCUACAAACUGAACAAUACCCACAGGCUAAAAAGCCCUCACUGAAACUGAAUGGAGGCUCCUCUUCUCAAAGUAUUUUCCAACGAGCUCAAACACUUCCAAAGCCAAGAAGGUCCUGCUAUGAAUUCCUACUUAAAGCAGCAAUUUAUUGCUGACCUGAUUUGAUACCUGAGACUGCACUCUGCCAAACAAGUCCAGCUCUUCCUUUCCUGUAAUUCCAUGAGACAACUUUUCAUAUGUACAUAUUUGUAGCAAAAGUUUAAAUCUUAAAUGACCAUGGUUUUCCUCCACUUCAAGGUUGAUCAGUAAUGAAGAUUUGGCUUUUCACACUCAGAUAAUUUCCUUUUUAUUUGUAAUGAAAGAGCUCAUUCCUCACUUCUGCACGAGUGGUUUUCUGCAUCUGUGGGCUGGCCUAGGUUUAACAGUAGUGCUAAAGUUGGAGUUUUUAAUCAGAAAAAUCUCAUGAACAAAGUAAAAGGGAAUAGAGGGGAGUGGAGGCUUUUUCUUAAAAUAUUAUUUGUCUUGGGUAAAGUAUUGAAAAAUUUCAAUGCUCUUAGUCACAGCAUGAAAUAAAAUAUACUACAUAAAAUUCUA